ACUGCUGGCACUCUGCAAACUAUGUGUUAACCUACAGACGUUUGUUUUUGUUCGUCUUUGCAGGGUUAUAGUAUUGAAUUAUCAAGUCUGUUACGGACAGUUUUUAGAUGCAAUUUUGAUGUGCAAGAUGUACCUGACUCCCGUGAGUACAUUGGUUACUCACAAGCCUUUUUCUUUUACGGAACCCGAGUCAGAACAUCCUGCAGAAUAAUUGAUCACAUGUUACAGACCAUUCCUGCAGUUUCGAAAAGUAAUACUUAAGAGGCCUUGGUGUUGGGUUGGAGAUCAUAAGAGAGACGUGCAUCAUCAGGAUGGAGCAAAGCAGGAGCUCUACAGGAGGUCACACACAAACAAGUGUCACAAGUAUCAUUAUCACAGUGUCAAAACAGGAUGAGACAGAGAGAUUAUUUUUUAAUGAUAAAAGCUUAUUUCAGAUUUGGUAGUUUGCUUAAGAGGUUGUUAUAGUCAAUCAAACAAUAUUCCUGAAAUCACAACAUAAUAACCAAUGCAACUUAAACUAGACCAAAACAGUAUCCAAAUCAAUUUAAUUGUCAUGUAAAAACAGCUUACCUUUACCAACAGGCAUGGUGGAACUUUUUCUUUUUGCUGUUGAUUUAAUGUUCUUAAGCUGACACACACUGGGUUUUUAUAUCUAAACAUGGGAUUUUUUUUUGCUCAUCAUAGUGUGAAUGACGCUUUAGUUGCGGUAUCUUCUGAAAAAUCUGUAGGUUUCCAUUUUGCUGUUCUGGGGCAUUGCUCACCACAGUGGUGUAGUGUUGGGUGGCAAUGCAAACUGCAAAAUAAUGAUCUAUACAUUUGAUGUUCAGUUAAAAAUAAAAAACAGUAGCAGGAGUAUUUUGUAUGUGGUGCCAGCAUCACCAGUGAGGUUGUGCACUGUUAAACCAGCAUGGUUUGUAGCUUAAUUUUGUAAUUAAGCUACACGUGCACACUUGUUUAUGUCUGUGGAUUAAUGUUAUUCUUAACAAAUGUGAAGCAAUGUGUAAAUUACAUUUAAAAAGUGCUUUAUGAAUAAAAUCACUAUUAAAUUACAAUAAAAUUCAGUCAACCGUUUUAUUUUUACAUUAUGCAACAGCAAUUUCUUGAAGAGAAUCUGUCUAAACCUGACAUCAUCUCCUUUUUUUGUCUUGAAUUUGUUUAAUUAUACUAAGUCACUUCAGAGUUUUGUCAAAAACACCCUCCCCCCAAACUAAUAUCUGCUCCACCUUUACUCUGAAGUCCUGACUCCAUGCAGGGAGCACAAGCUGUUGCUGGGCAACCGGCCGCCAUUUGUAAAUAAACACAUGGGGCUAUUACCUGAGAAAAGAAAAUGACUUUACCUCAUGUGUUUCUUCUUAACAAAUACAUGUUACAUGUUAUAUGUUAACAAGUCGUAACAGCCAUGAGCUCAAAGAAACUUUCUGCUGUGUUGGAGAAGCAGAUUCGCCGCCUAUGUCUAAAUGACUUUCCAUGUGGAUAUGGCACCUGGAGAAAGAGCAGAGAUAGUACAGAAGAAGCAGGGACGGAGGAGACAGACGCCCUCCUCGACCUGCUGACCUGCCCUCACUCUCCGUGGCGGCUGGAUGAAGCCUGGAGCCCUCAGGCCUCGGCCCUCAGACAGCUGGCUGUGCUCCAACAUGAACGCCUGCACGCAGACUUCAUCUACAACUACUUUAUUACACUUCGCAUUGUGGACAAUGGAGUAUCUGUCAUUGACGAUGGGCUGUUAAAGUUCUCAAAGCUGGAGGAAUUGGUGCUGAGUUCCAACAACAUUUCAGAAAUACCUGCAGAAAACCUACCCAGCACUUUAAAGAUUUUGGAGUUACGUGCCAACCGGCUGUCUGCACUAAACAGUCUCACCCACCGCCUGCCUCCUCACCUGGAGUACCUCGGCCUUGGCUCAAACUGUCUGGGCUCUGAUGAUGAUAUCUGUUAUCUUACAGGAAGACACUGGCCACAGCUAGUGUGUAUGGACCUGAGUCACUGUGAGUUUCAGGACCAGCAGGCCCUGCUGCGCGCUGUGAGCACGCUCCCCUGCCUCAGGACGCUGGUGCUCGAGGGAAACCCCUUCACUCUGGCCCCCUCGUACCCAGGCUUCACUCUGGACAGUCUCCCUCAGCUCUCCUGCCUGGACGCCUCAUGGAUCUCCCCUGAGGAAAGACUUUGCUUUAGAGGCUUGGCCAAGAAGAGUGAUCUAAUAGUGGACCGGGCAUCAGCCACAGUGAGUGUGGGCAGGAUGAGGGGAAUCCCAGACCCGCUGAUGAGUGAGGACGGAAACACUCCUGAUUUCCCUGUCAUCGCUUACAGCUAUUUUAUCACAUACGACUUCCUCAGUCAUCAAACUGUUAACCUGAAUAAUGACAGUGAUUCUAAAUGUGACGCAGCACAUAUAACAGAGGACUGCUUCAGCUCUUCCGGCCUACAAUCCAACAAAAGUAGUGAAAAAGAAUCUUCCAAACCUGACACACAAGCCUUGACAGUGUUUACUGAGGAAACCUGCCAUGAUAUUGCUCAUGUGACAAGACACAGCACAACAAAGCUGACAUGGUCAGACUGCAUUGACUUCAGUAACACAAAAACACACGUCAUGAGUGAUCUCGGAGGCCUUAAACGAUUCUUCAAUCAAGGCCUUUAUCUGACGAUAGUGGAGGAAAAGGUUCUGUCAUGGCCUGCAGCCUCUGAAGACGUCCUGGGGCCCAAACCCUGCCGGACUGUGAAAGAAAAGAAAGGCGGUAAAGGGAAAGAAUCUGCAAUUAAAUCUGGUUCCACCAAAGAUAAGUCUAAAGACAAAAAGAAGAAAUCUCUGCCAGAGCUGGUGCAGGACGCCUCCAUCCAAAGAACCCUUGGCUCUGUGCACGUCCCGCUGCAGAGCCUGGUGCAGAGAGGAGGGAAGGUGGACGUCCUCUGUGACUUCGGUGCUCUUCACGCUGAGACUGAGGUGGAAGCUGCGCCAACACUUGAAAAGGAUCUGGGAAAGAAACUCAAAGAGGACAAGAAGAAGGAGAAGGAACCAAAGCGGAGAGCGGACAGCGGCACUAAACAGAAGAAUACAGCAGCUUCAAAAGGCCAAGUAAAGGAAACGAAGGACUGCGAGAUGGAAGUGCAUCUGGAGCCGGUGACCGUGGAGUUAAAGGUGGAGCUGGAGAAAUGGCAGUCUGCGUCUGAAGCUCAUCAUCUCCUUCUCCCACACCAGCACUCAUAAAAACAUGAUUGGCAGCCAGGCUUACUUUCUUAUUUAGAGUUUGACUUACUGUACGCUAUGAACCAGCAGGUUACUGUAGGUUUCAGGCAGCUUGGUUUAAGUAUGACAAUAUAUUUAACCAACAAACUAAAAUAAACUCUACUUUUCUUACGUUCCUCACUGCGCAAAUAUGCAGAUAGUUGAAUAUUUGAUUUGUUUCUCCCAUUCAAGUCACAAAGACAGUAGCCUACUUCAACUGAGAGACAACGCUUUUCAAUACCGAAAUAACAUAACAAUUUUCUGCAAUGAUUAGUCGAACAGCAGGAAAAUAAUUGGCAACUUUCUUGAUAACCGAUUAUUCAAGAAAAUGUGGUCAACUAACAUAAUCAGCAGAUCAAAGGAUAAGGAAAAUAAUUGGCAAUUGCAGCCCUACUUAUAAAAAUAAUUUAAAGAUAAAAGUUGAUGUCACAUUGAAUUUAAACACUAAUACAAGCAAAAGUUCAAUUUGAGCACUAGUCAAGAUCUAAGACACAAUUCUGGUUUAAGUUCAAAUCGAGUAUGAAAGCAUGACAGAUGGUUUGAACCUGCAAGAAGAAAUGUGUCAACAGAAAUGUGUUUUCUUUUCUCACAUCUUCAAAGUUGGCCUUUCAGGUCAGACAUAUUCCUUUGCAUGCACACUCAAAACGAAAGCAGGACUUUUUGACCUAGAAGUGACAUCCUGUUAGACACUGCAAUGUAAGAAAUGUUCCUGCAAGGUGCGCUGUUUUAUCUAGAGCUCCUCAAAAACUGCACAAAGGACAUUUUGGUAUAUGGGCUUCAACAGAGAUUUCCUGUUAAAGCUAGUUGUACAACACAUGAAUAUAAGAAUACAUUGAAGUUUGCAGAUCUUUCUGCCAUCUGUCCAUGCAUGCUCUCAAAUCUUGACUUGCUUGAAUUCAUUUUGUGCAAACUCUAAUGUUAUGAAAAAAGUCAUCGUAUAGUAUGUUUAAAAAAUAUAGAAAAAUACAACUACAUAUGUAUUAUUAUUUUCAUAACAAUUACUUUAUAUUUAUUACACAUAUUUAUAUAAAACAAUACAAUCACAACCUUGCAAAGAUGUUUUUAAUCAUAAAACAUGAAACCACAAUUACAGAUAUGGCAAAGUAUUAUUUAUAUAAAAGACACUCUAAAAUGCAAAAAUUAAGCGUAAACAUCACAAUGCAAACAAUAAGGCUGUCAUUUGAAUGUUAAAUAAACCAUUAAAUCAA